AUGCUCAUCAAAGUCCUUCAAAGUAGUACUCGCUCUCAAACUCCCAUCAUCAAGCCUUUGAUGAAAAAUUUCUUGUCUCAACAUUCAUCGCUCGGAAAUUGUGCGGUGAUGAACAAAUUAAUUUCAGGUUCAUCUACUUUCUCAUCAUUCCAUACAACUUUGAAGACUGGAGUAUCGGAUCGUGAAACCGAAUGGGAAAGACAACACAGAGAAAGAAUGAAAAAACAAGAACAAUUAUGGAAGGAAUCACCCGAGAAAUUGAUUAGAUACUUUGUCGAGUUGAAAUUCCUCAAGAAUUGGAAUAGAAGCAAAGUACUUGUAUUACUUGUGUUGUUGUUUGUUGGUUAUUAUGCGUAUGACAAAGUAUCGGGCCGUCAUGGAUUAGCCGCUGGUAUUUAUCAAUUAUUGAACGGUCCAAAGAAGGGAACAGGAGCCGUUAUUGAGGAUGAUCCACAGACCAACCAGCAACCUACUGAUGAUGAAACCGUUGCCACAUCUCCAAAGCAACAAUUAUUGGAUCGUAUUGAUCCAUCUCGCAUGAGAACAUUUGCAUAUUUGGAUGUUGAACACGCCGACUCUCGCUUUCAAAAUGUAAUCAAGGGACGAAUUAUUAUUGGAUUGUACGAUAAAGUGGUUCCUGUAACCAGUUACAAUUUUGAAAAAUUAUGCGAAAGCAAGGAAUUGAAAGGAACUAUUUUCCAUCGUGUGAUUAACAAAUUUAUGAUUCAAGGAGGUGACACAAAACAAGGAACAGGAAUGUCAAGUGUUCCAUACAUUGGAAGAGCAACAGAUACCUCUGUACCAGAAGAAUUGAAGAAUAAGAUUAAUGAUAUGAUUAUCAGAGAUUCUCUGGGAAAUGUAAUUCAAUUUAAGGAUGAGAAUUUUGACCUUAAACAUAGCGAACCAUAUUUGGUGUGUAUGGCAAACAGAGGACCAAAUACAAACGGUUCUCAAUUCUUUAUUACCACUGAAUCAACACCACAUUUGGACAAUAAGCAUGUGGUAUUCGGCAAGGUAUUGCAAGGAAUGGAAAUUGUGGAUCAAUUACAAAAAGUAAGAACAAGUGCACGUGACAAACCAAUUGACUCCAUCAAAAUUGUUGACUGUGGUGUGUUAAGCAUUGAUGAGUUAUUGUAA